AUGCUUCAGAAGAAGAACAAGAUGAAUGGCGCACUGUUCCUCGCAGUAGCACUAUUGUUUGUUCUUAAUGUUCUUAUUGUAAAUAUGCAACAUGUAGUUGAGAGUUUAACAUUGCAUUCCAAAGUGGGAGAGAACAAACAAGCAGCAGCAGCAACUGUUGGUGUUGGUGGUGAAUUUGUCAAGUUGAGUGGUAAUUGGCUUAACAUUCCAAACAUUUCCAAUUUCAAAUUGCAUGUUCGAUCAAGAGUUGAUUCAAUGAUGGAUAUUACCAUUCAUGGCUUUAUUAGAAGAAAUGAAGGUGAUAAACGUUCUCCAUAUCACAUCUAUUCCAAAACAAGUCAAGUGCAUUCUACUGCCAAUUUGACUCACUAUUUCGAUUCUCAAAUGGAACAUUACAAUAGUGAAGAACAAUCUGCAUGUGGUAGAAAUUGUAAACCUGUCACUGAUGAAAAAGUUGAAAGAUUGAAACAAUUUGCCAAUUUCAAAAUUCCAUUCCAUCAAAUGUUGAAUCAAGCUUAUGAGAAUAAUGCCUACUUUUAUAAUCAACAAGUGGUGGGUGGUAAUCAGUAUCAAAUUUAUGAUAAUGUCAUGGAUGGAAUUUGUAAAGAUUCUGACAUUGUUGUAACCUAUUUCCAUGAACAAUACUUUUUACUUUGUUUGGUAAAGAAUGGAAGAGAAAUUUCUUCACUCAAACAUAUUGUUGGUAGAGAAUUUAUUGUAACUGUUAAAACAUUCACAAAUUCUAAUUUCCAAAAGUCAAUUGAACAAUUCCAAAAUGAAUCUCAUAAAUUCCCAAAAAAGAAAGUCAAUGCUGCCUUAAUUGAGCAAUUAGAUGAAGACGAAAAACCACAAAAGAGAAGCACCUUGAAAAUGAAUGCAGAUCCAACAAGAGCCUACUUUUUCCAAUCCAACUCACAUGCAUGCAUUUUACCAUGGUUGCAAGGUUCCAAAUGUAAAAGUCAAUCCACCACCAUGAACACAAACAACACUGCAAGAAGUGUUGCUGAACUUCCAAAGAAGAGAUGUGUCUUUAUUCAUGGUUAUGGUACCAAUAUGGAAUUCAGUGGAGCUCCAGUUUUCCACUCUAGUCAUUUCAGAGAUGGUGAAUAUUGGGGUAAGAUUGACAAUUACACUCCACAAUGUUCUGAAAGAGUUUUCAUGAGAGAAGAAACAAAUUACAGAGGUUGGAUCAAUACUGAAUUGCAACAAUCUGUUUGUAAUAUCAUUUUGGGUGAUUCAAAGGACAAUGUCAUUAAGAAUACCAUCAUUUUCGCUCACUCUAUGGGAAAUAUGAUGCUUGCUGGAGCAAUCAUGAAUGGAUACUGUUCAAUCGAUAAGGAAACUACAUCAUGGUACAAUAUUAUGGGUCCUAUUCAAGGAACUUCUGUUGCCAAUGCUGGAUCUGCUCUCUGUAAUCACAAGUUGGGUAUUGACAAGUUGGUUACUCAUUUUGGUUUGUGUGAAAAACCAGGUACACCAAGUGAAGCUCUCUAUUCAUUAUCCACUGAAUGUAACUUGUUGCCUCAAAUUAAACCAAUUGUUGAACAGUAUGUAAAGGGAUACAUGUGUGGAGUUAGUAAGCUUGGUGUUCAUCCAAUGUCAGGUAUUUCUAUUGGAUUGAAGAUUGUUGGUUCAACAUUCUUAGCAACUCAUUACAAUGAUGGUGUCGUUCCACUUUACAGUUGUAAGAAUACAAUUCCAGCUCAAGAUUUUGUCAAUGAUUACAGCUCAAACUUUUAUAGAGUUAAGGCCAAUCAUUUCGAUGGAACGUGUGCAAAUGGCGAUGGAUGGUUUGAUUCUUCAUCUCCUUGUUCAUUCUAUUUGAAUAAAUAUUAA